CGGAAAUAGUAAUCUUAAAAAAAAUAUUGCACAUUCGACCCAACACUAUAUACCUAAAUAAAAAAAAUUCUAUCAAAGCCUCAAGCCAGUAAAAAGUCGCCUACUCUUCGUGACACUAUACUGAAUAAAAAAAAAAGAAUCUGAAGCGGUCACAGGUCCCCUGUAAGUCGACACAGGUACAUAUGGGCUCUCUUGUUGAAUGGACCAAAUGAUAUAAAUUAUUUAUAGAUUUCGACACCAGAGCGAGGACGAAGAAUCGAGGGUGUUCUGUUCGAAAUGGGGUGCAUACCCAAGGGGGGUCCACUUGCAUCGAAAGCCCCUUGAGGCCCCCUCACAACAUAUGUAUUCUCACUCAACCACUACGAACAGAUGCUAACUACACUCGUAAUCGGUCUAUGUAUCGGAUUUUCGAAUGGUUUCCGAGGACCACAUCAUCCACGAAGCGCCGUGUCCCACCACCAUUAUGCUCCACAGAAAAACAUUAAGAUAACACAAGAUGCAGAACUGCUUCAAGAUGCUACUCAUUUGAGGGAAGACAUAGGAUCCAUGGCAGAGCAACUGGACUUUUCUAAUAUGACUGAACAAGAGAUAGAAUUCCACUAUUUUAAAGUUCAUGAUGUUGACAAUAAUGCAAAGCUAGACGGAUUAGAAAUCCUUCAUGCAAUUCAGCAUACGUUUCAUGACAAUAGAAUUCCUGAUGAAGAUAUGAGUGAAGAAAUGAAGAGUGUGGACAGUGAAAAGGACCUGCCUUGGAUUGUAGAAUUAAUAGACAGAGUGCUGAAAGAGGAUGAUGUUGAUAACGAUGGAUACAUUGGAUAUACUGAAUAUGUACUUGGAAGACAGAGAGACCAUAUUUCUCAGGCAAAAAGGAACGACAAGUUGAAAAUUGAAAACUGAAAAUGAAUCUGAUACAGGUUUUUAAUAAAUGGAAUAUAUGGACCUGCGGAACAUACAAAUUUAUGCCUAAAAUACACUUGAAACGAUAUUCCUUAUUUUUCUUUAAUCAACUUAUUUGUAAUUCUCUUAUACUAAAAUAUACAAAUAAUAUAAAUUUUAAUACAAUUUUAAUGCAUAAGAUAGUGUAUAAUUUAUUUUUCAAUUUACUUAUUACUGAUAAGACCAAAGCGUGUAACAAUAUUUUGUAUAUGGAGUGUUUUAUUUUCAUUAAUGUACACACAUAUCGUUAAAACACAAAUUAUUUUUGUCUUUUAUAAUACAACAUGUAGUAAACAAGUAACUGUUUAAAUUUUAUAAAGUGGAUGUGCUUUAAAAUUUUUUCAGUACUUCUAAGAUUUACUUUGAAAUAAAUCACCUGAAAUAAUCUGAAAAGAUGCUAAAAGAUUUUUAUUUCUAUCUGGCAU